GUCCGUUUCUCUGGGACAGCGCUCCGUUGCCAGCCAACGCAGCGGCACAUUCCCCUUGGCCCCCUGGCACUUUCACGUGGCGCCCGCUGUCAUCCUGCCGCCAUCACAUCAUCAUGCGCCGUUGAGCCAUUCGCCCAUCCUCCAGCCUCCAUCCUCCAUCUCGCAUCUCCAUCUCGCAUCUCCAUCUUCCACCGGAUCUCCCGCGAGAGCACGCGAACUAUGUCCUCGUCCAUCGAAGGAUCAGCAGGCUUUGCCCUGGUGGUUAUCGUCAUCAACGGCCAUAUGGGCGUCGCCACCGACUUUGACAACUUUGCCGACCAGCUUCGAGAGCAAUUCGCUGCCGAUCCCGCCUCCAACGAACGCUCGCAGCUCUUUGUCCUCCAGAGCAAGUCCAACCAAGGAAUCAGCACCAACGACGGGCUUGCGAAAAUGUCUCUCCGGCUGGCUCAGGAGACCAGCACCUGGAUCCAGGCCGAGGUUCUCCCUCAACUGUCGACACCCACCCAUGUCCUCCUCUCGGUCCUCGGCCACUCGCUCGGCGGCCUCAUCGCCCGGACGACUCUCCCAUAUCUCCUCGGCCUCGCAGCGACACACCCAGAGCUCUCUCUUCGAUCGCUCAUGUUGUCCAAUGAGCAUGUCUGCUCGCUGACACCGCUUUCGUUCAUGACGAUCUCGACGCCGCAUCUUGGCGCCAAGCGAUCGACGGGAGCCGGCCCAGCGAGCUAUGUUGUCAACGCCGUUGCCGAGACCUUCUGCACGUUCAUGGGACAGACCGGCAAGGACCUGCUCAUGACAGACGGGCCCGAGAAGGGAAAGGUCAUUGGCCUGCUGACAUCCAAGCUCGGCUCGACUUUGACGUCCCCGCCCGACCACGGUAUCGCCGAUGAGAACGAGCCCAUUCUCAAGCGAAUGACAACUCCCUCGGGGAUCUACAUGCGCUCGCUCGUCCAGUUCCAGACCUGCACGCUCGUCUCGAAUCUUCGGGACGACCUGGCUGUGGGAUACUGUAGCUCGGCGAUCACGAACGACCACCCUUAUCCCGAGGUUUUCCAGCAAGCCCGCCGCAUGGAUCAUGUUCUGGUCCACAGUUACUCUGGCUUCCGCAGCGGCUCGAGCGACAACGACAGCGAUGGCACCGGCAACGACACCGGCAACGAGGCUGCUGGAGUCAAUGCUGACGCAAGGCACAGCUCCCGGGGCCUCGAUUCGAGGCAGUUGGCUGGGCAGCUCAAGCAGCAGUGGAGUUCGUCGUGGGCGCUUUUCCAGGAGGGUCUGUUUGGCCGCUCGGAUCGGAGCCGCAGUAUCGACGGUGCCGAAGGUGUCAUCACGGCGCACACGGCAUAUGAACUUCCGGGUCCUCAGCCCACCGCACGAUCUCUGGGCGAUGCAAAGCCCACGGCAUCCGAGGAGGCCUCGGAGCCCAGCGACAUUGCCCAGGACAAGCAGGCCGAUCCCUGGCUGCACGACUCGAUCUCGGUAUCACGCUACCAUCCCGAAAUGCUGGCCAACCUGAACCGAAUCCACUGGAGGAGAAUCAACAUCCACAUCGACAUUGCCAACAGCAUCGAUAUCCUCAACGUCCAUGCCAUGAUUGCUGGCGUGGUGUUUUCAUGGCAGUCGGCCUCAGCCAAACAGGCAGCCCGCGCCUCAGCUGGUUUCCUGGCGCAGGUUGUCCUGCUUGAUUUCCAGGUUGCCAAGUCGACCCUUGCUUCAGGAACGCUGACUCCAUCGCUGUAGAGACGAGGGCGUGGAUUUCCGCUCUUCAUGGGAGCUGUCGCCACUCUGCCGAUGGUGGAUGUGAUGAGGCUUUAUUUGGCCCAGAUCGUAAAGAAAGGAAGAGAGCGAAAGGGAGUUGCCGCUGAUCAUAAAUACAGA